GUGAUUGGAAGCACAGAUUCGGUGCAUUGAUGGCCAUAUCGGCGGUGGGAGAGGGCUGUCACGACCAAAUCACUCCAAUGCUUAGCCAAAUAGUUGAAGCAAUUAUACCAUUCCUUAAUGAUUCCCAUCCGAGAGUCCGAUACGCGGCCUGUAAUGCUUUGGGACAAAUGGCCACUGAUUUUACGCCAUUAUUUGAGAACAAUUUCCACUCUAAAGUAGUGCCCGCUUUGCUUACACUACUCGAUGAUUACGCUAACCCUCGAGUCCAGGCACACGCCGGCGCCGCUCUCGUUAACUUCUUCGAAGAGUGUCCGCAAAAGAUUGUCGUUAAUUAUAUGGAAAGUGUUGUCAACAAAAUUGAACAAGUGUUAAAUAUAAAGAUCAAAGAGCUAAUGGAAAGGGGAUCUAAACUGGUUUUGGAGCAAAUUGUGGUCACUUUAGCCUCUUUGGCCGAUUCAGCCCAAGAAAAUUUCCAAAACUAUUACGACAAGUUUAUUCCGUGUCUUAAAUUUAUUAUACAAAACGCGACGACCAAAGAGCUAAGACUUUUGAGAGGCAAAUGCAUUGAAUGCAUAAGUCUUAUAGGUUUGGCCGUUGGCAGUGAAAGAUUUUGUUCGGAUGCCAACGAUAUAAUGAAUUUAUUGCUACAAAACCAAACCGGAGAACUCAUACUCGACGACGACGACCCACAGUUGUCUUAUAUGAUCUCUUCGUGGGCGAGAAUCUGUAAGAUCUUAGGCAAUCAAUUUGAGCCAUACCUGCCAUUCGUUAUGCCCUCUGUCCUAAAGGCGGCCGCAAUUAAGAUAGAAGUGGCACUUCUCGAUCAAGACGACAUGAAAGUGGUUGAAGACGACAACGACUGGCAAUGUGUUAAUUUAGGCGAUCAGCAAACUUUUGGCAUAAAGACUGUUGGACUCGAAGAGAAAGCA